UGUCAGUGCAGUGUCUGCUAAUCUUUGCUGCUGUCCUGUUAUCAUUCACUAGGUCAGUGUGCAGACUGGGAGACUGCAUCAGGCUGCUCGAGGAGAGACUUUUGUUUGGAAAAAAAUAACUAGGAAGAUUUCAGCCAUGUACCGAUCACCCUCUCUGGAAAACAAAGAAUUAAUAGCUUUGUAUGGAGGGGAUAGAGAGGAUUUCUUUGUCGGGGACGAAAACUGUGGCAUUGAGAACUAUGACCUGAGAUCAGAGUGCAAUGAGGAGGCAAAAGGGUGCAGGAGGGUUCGCAGGUCUCUGUCCCUGGAAAUCUACGGCCUUCAGAGGGAGCAGCAUGUGUUCUUCUCCAACCAGGAGUACUACAGACGACUAGAGGAGCUGAAAAGUGCUCACCUGAGGAACAUGGCCGAGCUGGAGAGGAUGUACAUCAGCCAGGGCCGGGGGGAGAACGACGGGGGGGUCGUAAGAGGAGAGAACAGUGAGGCCAGACUGCCAGUAAGUAGCGGCUCAGUGAGGAAACUCCAGAGGAUCAACUCCCAGGAGGAGCUGGACUUCCACGAGACAUCGAGCGGUUCUGACCAAUCAGAAUUCUGUGGGGCGGACAGCAUGGGGGAACUAGAGCUGGACAAUCCAAGAAGAUCUCAUGACUGGGACCAACCCUUUGGAAGAGAGAUCCUUCUGAGCCCUGAAGAAUUGACAACACAGAAGCAGUUUCGGUUCCAGCCAAAGGCCUCCUUUUCCAAUUUGCGGGAAAAAAAGUCCCGUCAAAGUGGGGUCAGGGUCCGCUCAAACUCCAAGGUCACCGUGCCCAAACCCUUUCAGAUGAUGCUGAGAGAGGAGGAGAGGAAGAGGCACCGGGUGCGGACCCGUUCUGAGGUCGAGCUAGAGAACACACUGCUAAGACAGGAGUUGGAAGAGCUCAGAGAAUGCCAGAAACAGUUCAGGGCAUCACCUGCACCAGCACACAUACAUGUUCCUCUCUUCAAAGUUGUCAGCCGCCGCUCCAGUCAGCGCUCUUGCCGAAGCAGAAGUGACAACAAUAACAACAACACAGACAAAAGCAACCAGGGAUCGAAUUCUUCUUCGCCACAGCCUUUCCAUUUCCUAGAAAGGGAGAGAAGAAAGAGGGAGGUGAAGAUUGCAGCAGAGCUGGGGAAGCAGGGACCCAAAGAGGAACGGCAGGCGUUCAGGGCUCGGCCCAUGCCCAGCUCAGUGUACGGCACCAGACACAAAGCGGACAGCAAAACAGCAAGCCGCCAGACCCAGUCUCCAGCCUGGACACAGGAGAAGGAUGUCACUGAAAGUGAUCCAAACUCUGACAUGGAGCAAGACGUGCUCCACUCUAUGUCAGAUACCGAUCCUGAUUCUUGCAGGGCCGAGAGAUGUCCAUACUCCAAGCCGGUGAAAAAGCAGUUAGAGGUCUCCAUUGAAAUGGUUAAAGAAAGGGAGUGGUCGUACAUCGAUCCGCUAUAAGCCACUACCAGCAACACUGUCUCGCCUCUGCAGACAAGUGGUGCUGAGUCCCUGCUGACUAACAACAGUGUCUACAUUGUACAUUAUAUAAAAAAGGUUCUAUAUAAAAAAAUGAAGGAAUAAUGUCAAAACGAAGGGAACAAUUACCCUUGUUUUAGGUUAGUCUGCUAAUGAAUAAUGACUUAUUGUACAGUCAUUCUUUAUCAAACAUGUGGU